AUGGCAGCACCAAAGGAUUCAGCAUUUUGGCGGCAUUUUGCCAAGGCCAUUGAGAACGACGAAAAGGCCAAAGCCUUAUCCGAGGGCAAUAGGAAAUCCGUCUCACCUGACUCGUGGCUUGAGCAUCAACGGUACAAAAAGAGAUGGACCUUUAUCUGGGGAUUUGUCCUCCUCUUCAUGGCAUCUCUUGCCAUAGCCGCCGUGGUGGUCGUUAUCUGGUGGUUCGCGUCGCACAAUUGGUUGAGGGGAUAA